CAGUGAGCGUGACCGUGGAUGAGGAGGCGAUGUGACCCGGACCGAGAGUCAGCAUCACCCAGAGCCACGCAAACAUGAUUGCAGCUGUUCUCCUGCUGUUGGCUGUCAGAGCAAUCCGCUCUGACGGUGCCAGGAAUCACAUUUGUCCAUCCGGUGAAAUGAUGGUGUGUUUUCUACCGGAUGACUUUCUGAAUUCAUCGGGUUCUGUCACCGUUGAAUUACCAGUGGGAAAGAAACUCAACAUCUCCCUGAAGGGCUUCUCCCAGCAUCCCGUGUGUCAGUGGUUAAAGGGAGCAGACCCAAUACUGACGAUAAAACAGAGUCGCUUCUUGCUCACACCGCUGCUUUCUGAGGCAGAUUCAGGGCCGUACAAUCUGUCCUGUGAAGCCGGUAACGCCAGCAGGUCUUUGGCCGUGGAUCUCCGGGUGGUGAGAAGAUUUCCCAACAAACCACAGCUGGGGCUGAUCCGUCAGCAAAAUGGAAAGUUCUACGACGUCUAUCUCACAUGCACCUCCGAGGGUUCCCCGAUUGAAUGGACUGGUAUGAACAGGAACAGAGAUGGGGAAACCAUCCGGUCAAACAAUGGAAAAGUUGAGAGAAAAAUACCAGGUUUUCACUUUGCCGCCAGCGAAGCGAAGUGCUGUGCUACGAAUGAUGAAGGACAAGAAUGCUCCCAAAUAUACGACUACGACUUAAACAGCAACGUGUGGAACGAUACAGAGGUUUCUAAUGUGACUCUGAGUCCCGGUGAGUCUUUACUGCUUCGCUGCCAAGUCCAGAAGCACACAAAGCAACUGCCUGUGUGGGAGAAAGACGGCAGACCAGUUACUGCUCCAAAAUGUGGAACUGAUAAUGAGGUGUGCGUAGCAACUGACACAUAUUUACAUUAUCUUUGGAAGUACCUGUACAUCAAAUCACUCCAAAAAGAGCACAGUGGCACGUAUACCUGCCGCGUUUCAGAAAACAGAACAAAGUCCGUUCCCGUCAAUGUCCAAGCUGAAGGUUUCCUCUCUGCUCAGCUGGAUAAGAGCAAGAUUGUACCUCACGAUGCAUCCAGCUCCUGUUUGCAGGCCACUGUCUCCUACCAUCCUGUUCUCCAGCAGUGUUCCUGGGAGACUCCUGAUGAGAAUAUUAUCAAAUGUAAAAGGGAUCAGUGGGUAACAAAGCACAGGACCGUGAAGCUGUGUGGUGGACUCAAAUCAGGGGAUUACAAGUUACACCUCGAGGCUGGAGGGCAAAAGGAAACAAAAACCAUAUCAGUGUGUGUGGUUGAGGAACCAACGUUUGAUUGGAGCAUGAGAAACUCCAGUCACAUCGUUUAUGAGACAGUAAGUCUUGUUCCAGCAAACUACACCUGGAUGAUUUGUCCCACACUGAAUCGAAGUGAGCCAGACUCAUCCUGGAAUGAGAUCCCCAACACCUUUCAAACAGACCCGAGUCAUUCUUGUAAGAAGAGAAUCAGGAGCUCAAUCAGCAAAAGUUUACUGGCUGGAUCAUCUUGUAAGUUUUGCUUGACAAACGCUGUUGGGUCAUGGUGCAGCACGCCAUUGCACUUUGAAGCUUCACUUCAAGCCUCCAAAGGUGAGCCACCUGUGGAAAACAGAAUGACGCUGCUGAAAGUAGCCAGCGUCUUCCUGGUUCUGGCUCUGGCAGUGGUCAGCUUGGCGCUCAUAUACUUCAUCAGAAAGAAGAAACCCAAGUAUCAGCCACAGCUUCAGAUGAUCCAGAUGGUCGGACCCAAUGAUAAUGACUACAUCUACAUCAACUUCAAGGACUUUGAGUACAAUCGGAAAUGGGAGUUUCCACGGGAAAACCUUGAGCUGGGUAAAGAGCUGGGCUCUGGGGCGUUUGGCAUGGUGCUCCAUGCCACAGCUUAUGGCAUCAACAAGCCGGGCGUCUCCCAGCAGGUGGCCGUGAAGAUGCUUAAAGAAAAACACCAGUCGGUGGAGAAGGAGGCUUUGAUGUCAGAGCUGAAGAUGUUGACUCACAUCGGCCAUCACGUCAACAUCGUGAACCUGCUGGGCGCGUGCACAGACACAGGACCCAUAUAUCUGAUAUUCCAGUACUGCUGUUUUGGAGACUUGCUGAACUACCUGAAAAACAACAGUGAACGCUACCACAAGUCUGUGACUGAUGCUUUCAACAAGGACCGCUUCAGCAGCCUGUAUCACAACCUGCAGCCCAGGAAGAACUCAAGAGAGCUCGAGGCAUCAGUGAACAAUUACGUUCCCAUGCACAGUUCUACCACCAGGGGGCAGGAGGACAUCGCCCUCCUCACUCUCAACUCCAGCGACAUGGAUGGUUGUGAAGACUCGGAAAUCUACGAAAGCGACGACCAGACUGACGACCUGCAAGCUCUGACCUUUGAUGACCUGCUGAGUUUCGCCUUCCAAGUGGCCAAAGGCAUGGAGUUCCUGUCCUCCAAGAAUUGCAUCCACAGGGACCUGGCAGCUCGAAACGUGCUGGUGACAAAGGGCAGGCUGGUGAAAAUCGGUGACUUCGGACUGGCCAGGGAUAUCGACAAUGACUCCAACUACGUUGUGAGAGGAAAUGUGCGCCUGCCUGUCAAAUGGAUGGCACCAGAGAGCAUCUUUCAUGGGAUGUACACCAUGAAGAGCGACGUCUGGGCUUACGGCAUCCUGCUCUGGGAGAUAUUUUCACUUGGUGUUACUCCGUACCCGGGCGUGAAGGUGGAUCACACAUUCUACUCAAUGAUCGAGAAAGGGUUCAAGAUGGAGGCUCCGUACUACGCCAGCGAGGCGGUAUAUAAGAUGAUGUGCGACUGUUGGGCCCUGGAUCCCUGCAAACGACCGGCGUUCUCCAAGCUGGUGACCUUCAUGUGCAGCCAGCUGAUGGACAGAGAGGAGAAGCUCUACCACAACGUGCUGGACCAGACCUACAGCGACUACCAGAAUUCAUCAACCAUUUUGGAUAUCUCAGCCUUGACUCGAAAGAACAAAGGCAGCACGCCGUCGGCCAACAACUACUGUCAGGCCCGUCCUACUGAAGGCGGAAAUGCGGCAGAGACGCCAGACGUGGUGGAAUCUGAGAAGGAGCUGCUGAAGCAGCCCGACACUGAGUGAUCACAACAUGUGAGAGUUCUUACACAAGAGUAAUCCCACAAUUCAUCACCGGUAGUUUAGAAGGUACUGACGUCCAUUUACUUUGUAUUCUGGUCAAAUACUUUUUUUUGGGUGCGUAGAAGGGAUAAAGUAUAUGCAGCACAUGUAGCACAUAGUUAACAGAACUUUCAGAUAUUUGAAAAAGGAACAAAUGGGUUUAUUGCUUUGUGUUAUUCCAGUGAAUUUCUGUAUAUUUUCUCCAUCAAAAUAUGCUCUGAAUGUAAACAGUAUUGUUGGAUUCUCUUGCACAGCUAAACAAAAAUGAGUUCUCAGGACAUUACUGGAAAUGUAUUCAUUGGAGAACAAGUUGGGUAUUUUUUUACUUUUAUUUUUUUUUUUUUGAGUCAACAUAUUGUAGCAACAAGUGUUAAAUGUCUUUGCCUUCAAAUAUUGGUUCAUGUUUAUAUAUAAGCAGUUCAAGCAAUUUUUGUACACAUUUAAAGCAUUCUUCAUAUAAUUUUCUAUGUUUGUAUUGAAUUUUAUACUGUUGUAACUAUCUGCAUUAAAAUAUACAUGAAUCAUUAGAUGUCUUCAGAGUAAAAGUGCAUUUCUCAUAUUAUGCUUAAAUAGUUUAUCUGGACUUGAAGAAAAACUUUAAUCUUUCAACAAAAAUCUGAUAAAAAUGUUUAAUUUUUCCCUUUUUAUUAUCCCACAGUGAUAAAAUAUAAAUCAAUAACCUCACAUAUGCCAUGCUUCACUUUGUUAAUCACAUAUGUUUCUGCACUGUAUCUUAGUAAAUGAUAAACAUUUUGCAGUGGAAUGUUGAUCUUUUUUAAUAUCCUUUAUUAUGAGAGGUCACACCUUGAAAACAUGUCAGAAAUAUUAUACACUGUUGCUAAUUAUAUUGUCGCAUGGUAGUGCAGUGCAUCUGAAUUUUGCACCAAUGUAUCACUUGCUUUUCAAACAUGAUGGGAGUUUUGUUGUAUAAGAAGAAAGCAUGUUAAAUCGAGCCGCUGGUGACAGAGCGGUGAACCGCAGUUGGACACUGUGUCCUGUGUCCAGCGGUACAUUCACCUUUGUUGCAAAGUGUUCUCCAAAGAUCAAUAAACUCCGGCUCUGCAACCA